AUGUCCUCACUCACCCCGAACCACCCCGACCAAUACGACCAAGUCAUCGACGCGUUUGAAUCCAUCAUCAUUUCCGAGAAUGGCAUCGACCCAGACGUUGCCCGCAUCCAUGGCCUUGCUCUCAGUGCCAGGUUAAAGUCUAUCCUUCGUAAUUCCAACACGGCCACACGCUCUGCAAAAGCUCUCACCGCUGCUGCCCGGCAGGAUAUGGACCAAUCAAAUCUCGGGCUUCAGAAUCUUCACUAUGAGAAGCGUCACCUGGAGCGCGAAAUCGAAAAGUGUCGUCAAUUCGCUACAAUUUACCAAGAUGUUCCUCUAUACUCAAUGGAAGACUUCAAACGUCUGGCACCACCAGAGGCUCAAACAGAAGAAGUCCUCGCUGACGAUCACCAGCUCCUUCUCAAUCGUCUCAGCUUUGAAUUUGUUGAACGCCAACGACUUGAUAAGAUGAAGAAAGAGAUGAUCCAAGAGAAGGAAGAACUCCUCAAAGGGAGCAAAAUGCGGACGACUACUCAGGAUUCAAUAACCGCCACCGUCGAAGGGAUCUACAAGACUGCGGUCGAGGGACAGAAGAAGGUCCACACAGAGGUUUCUGGGCUCUAA